AUGGCUUCUCGGAGUGCCGGGACCCUCAUAACUAACUACAAUGCGACAUACAUUCCUCCUGCCUUAAUGCCAGGAUACCGUGGUUAUGUCCCGACCAUUAAUUUUACAUAUGGUGAUACCUAUGGAAAUGCUACCAGGAAGUACUUCCAAGAUUUCCGUCUCUCAGCUCUGAAUACAAGUCAGAGUCCUUACAGCAAAGGAGGGCAAUUUCCAACAGUUUACUCCAAUGACCCCACUCUUGUGAUAGCGGAUCGGUCUCACAACCGGAAUAGAUGGUUAUUUGGUCCCAAAUGGUCCAGGUAUGAUGUGGAUUUUGACAGAAAUGAAGAAUUGAAAAAGUUUGAUAAGUUAGCCCAACAACACCGGGAGAACUACAAGGAUAAGACAGGCACUAUACCCAGAGUUGAUCAUUUUGUGAUGGCUGGAACAGAGGUGGACAAAUUCCCUUGUUUACCGAAUAUCCAAAGAAACAAAGGUUUGUGUCCAUCCCCGGACUAUAUGGCUUGGCCACGUGAAUAUUUGGAAAAACUUUGCAAAGAUAAUUUGGAGGUUGCUCUGUGCAUCCCUUCGAAAGGACAGGCAGGGGGCGCUGUGGCUGCACUACCUUACCUGCACUGUCCAAAGCUGGAUGGUAGGAUGCUCUUCGGUGCUAAUGGGCCAACAUCACAAUUACGAUGCAGCCCCCAAAACAUCCCUGACUACCUAGCAGGAUAUGAUCGUAAAACAUUUUUGUGCGAGGACAAAUGA